GAUCCAAACCCAUAUUCCCAAAUGAACUCACCAAGCUGUGAGAUAUUUGGGUAAAAAAAUAUAAGAGAAAAAUCAUGGGUUUCUGAUCUUUUUUUAUCUCGUAAUGAUUUUAGCUACUGUGAUUAAUUGGUUGAAGUGUCUCUUUCGGAUUUGCAAGAGGGUUGCUUUCCGAAUGUUUGUUGAUGGCCUUCCUUUUAGUGACCCCAUUCCCUUUUUUGAAUAAAUUCAGGCAUUCAAUAAGUCCAUAUUCAGACUAUUUGAUGUCAUACGUCGCGUCCGCAGUUUUUUUUUUUUUUUUUUUUUUAAUUAAAAAAAAAACAAAAAUUUCCGGCAUUUAGUUCUGACAGAUCUUUGCAGUUUGGAUGAGGGGGCUUUACAUCAAUGAAAUAUAAAGAUUAAAGAAGCUCUUUUUCCUAAACAAGGUUGAUUCAGAACAUUCAUUUUCCCUUGUGUUGUUUAUGAUUUGUACAAGAGCACGACUUUUACUCUGUUUAUUGGGUUUAGCCUUUUUAUUAUUGUUGUUGUUAUUAUUAUCAUCGUCGUCAUCAUCAUCAUUAGCAGCUUGAAAUCGGCAGACUUGAGUUGUAAGUAUAGACUGGGGAACACACUACAUGGUUUAUUUGCUUUACUUAAUGGAGAAAUUUCUGCUGUCGGUUUGUUUGUAUGAUGUUGAUAUAGAGAUUAUCCUUUUGUUCUUCUGUAAAACUAUGAAGUGCAAAGUUUUGAUGUUAUACAAAAAUAUAUUGGAUGACUUUAAUUUCUUUCCUUGUAGCAUUAAGGUGGUAAUAUAUGAAGCUCCAGACAGAAGUUGCCAUUGCUUAUCUUAUCAGCUUUAUCUGGAUUCUGCAAAUUCAUUGCGAUGAACUUUCUAAUACUUCUAGCAGAAACAAAUGGACAUGUAAAUGUUCUUCAUACCAUGGAAAUCAGACUUAUGCUGUUAAAUCCAACUGUUCCACAGCCUGUGAUUGCAUUCCAGAUGCUGGAGGAAGUGGAAGCACAUGGACGUGUACAUGCACUGCUGAUGGGUUUCCUAAGUUAGUUUCUGACAAUGUUGAUAGAAACUGUUUUACAGCUUGCAACUGCACGUCUGGAACUCUCAGCACGGCACAAGUCUCAAAAAAGCACAUUUCAAGCAAAGUUGUUGUGAUUAUUCUAUUACUGUGUGCCAUUCUCACAACUUUUGCAUUUCUUGCCUCUGCCAUGUGCUAUGUCUAUCGAAGGGACAAGUUCUCAUCAGACAAGGAAAAAAAUUGCGAUAGUGCUACCAACUUAAUAAGUCUUAGGACUUCUUCAGCACUACAGAGCAAAUUUUCUAUAGAUAUUCCCACAAAUCCUUUUUCAGGAUGCUUUCAGAAGACUUCUUUGUUACUUAGAAGCAAAACAGGGAAUACACAUGGAACCAUCAUCCAAUUUUCAUAUUCUCAAUUGGAAAGUGCAACCAGAAAGUUCUCGAACUCUAAUCUUAUUGGAGUUGGAGGAAGCAGCUAUGUUUAUCGUGGUCAGCUCAGAAAUGGCAGAAUUGUGGCAAUUAAGCGGCUAAACUCAGGGGGACCAGAUUCAGAAUCUCUAUUUUCAACGGAGAUUGAACUAUUAUCCAGACUUCAUCAUUGUCAUGUGGUGCCUUUGCUUGGCUACUGCUCAGAAUCCAUGGGAAAAAAUGCUGAGAGGCUUCUGGUAUUUGAGUACAUGCCUAAUGGUAAUUUGAGAGAGAGUUUGGAUGAGGGCUCGGGUAGAGAAAUGGAUUGGGCUACUCGAGUUGCGAUUGCAAUUGGAGCUGCAAGAGGCUUGGAAUAUCUUCAUGAAGCAGCUGCUCCUAGGAUUCUGCAUUGUGAUGUCAAAUCAACAAACAUUCUCCUGGAUGAUAAUUGGAGAGCAAAAAUAACUGAUCUUGGUAUGGCUAAAUUCUUAAGAGCUGACGGUCUCCCCAGCUGCUCCAAUUCUCCAGCAAAAAUGCAGGGGACUUUUGGCUAUUUUGCACCAGAGUAUGCUAUUGUCGGAAAAGCCUCACCCAAGUCAGACGUUUUCAGUUUUGGGGUCGUUCUUCUUGAGCUUAUUAGUGGUCGGCAACCCAUCUAUAAAUUGAGCCGCAACAGAGAAGAAAGCCUUGUCAUUUGGGCUACCCCUCGUUUACAGGAUAGCAGGCGAGUAAUUACGGAGUUGGCUGAUCACAGUUUAAAUGGGAAUUUCCCUGAAGAAGAAAUGCAGAUAAUGGCUUACCUAGCAAAGGAGUGCCUGCUUUUGAAUCCUGAUGAUCGACCGACCAUGGGUGAGAUCGUUCAAAUCCUUUCAACAAUUGCACCUGAUAAAUCCCGAAGGAGAAACCUUCCUGUAUAUCUUUACCAGAGGUCAUCCCCUCAUAGGAUAAGGAGUGAAUCCUUCACUCAAAGACAUACCAAUCAAAUGAAGAAGAGGCCAGUCCCAUCCAGUAAACGGUGUUCACUGCAGUUGUCAGGUCCUAUUGAUGGUGAGGAGACAAGGCCAACCCCAUCAAGUAAGGAAUCAACUCCAUGUUCCCCAGCGGUAGAAGUUGAUAGUAUUGUGUGUGUUGGAGACGAUAGCAAUGAAGCAGAUCAUACUUCGCCCGAGCAUAUAGAGAGCCUGAUCCUCGAGACUUCGAACAGUUCAAGUUGGCAUCCCUCCGAUGAUGAAGUGGACUUAACUGAGCCACGGUUUGAAUCAUUUCGGAUGGCCAAUAUUAAGACCCCUUGAUGAAAGCAACCCGAUUAGUGCAGAGGUUGGCAAAAAGAUGGAAAAAAACUCAUGGUAACAAUGUUUUUCGUGGUACAAGUUUGUUGAAGUACUUUAAUGCUUGUAGAUAUAUGUGUAUAUAUAUAUUAUCUGGGCUUAUUGGUUUCAGAUUGCUCAAAGAAGAAGCAAGCUGAUUUUUUCUCUGUUCUUUAUUUUCUUCUUAACUGUUUUUGUCUUUCCUUUAAAGAAAGGGCACACUACAGGGUUUCCUGUAAACGAAAUAUGAACCCAGAAAUAUAAAAAGCGGGGGAUCAAAACCCAAGCAGUCCUCCAACUGUUGAUUAUAUUUCAUAUAUCAAAGAUGGCGCAUAGUAAAAACUAGAAGUGAUUGGUACAUAGAAAUUGAGGACAAACUUUGAGUUUCUAAAAUUUAUCAAAAACCAAACUUUGAGGGUGCAGAUUGUCCUACUCAAAAUGUUAACAAAAACCAAUAAAUGUGUAGUUUUCUAUAUGAAAAAUGAUAUACUUGGGACUCUUUUGCAAUAAAUCUAUAGUUUUCAAUAUGAAAAAUGCUAUGCAUCAGUCACUAUUCACUUUCACACUCUACAGUUAUAAGUUUUUCAUAGGGUGUGGGGUAGUGAAUAGUGAUUGAUGAGAAUAAUUUUUCUAUUUUGUAACUCUAUUGUAAAUGGAAGAUAGUUAAGUAAAUUGAAGUUAUUUUUAAUAAAGUGGUACAAAUAUGUUGAAUGAUUAUAAAAUGAGUUGUAAAAUAGUUAUAAAAGACUUUUUGAUCUAUUAUGCAAAUAUGUAAACUUGCAAAAUUAGUUUAUGUUUUGAAGGUAGAAGAAAGGGUUGGUCAAUGGUGCAGGAUAGAUGGAUCGGGGUGGCGGCACCCCCCAUCGGAACAGAAAGAGCUGGAAAAGGGUGGGGGGUAAGUGACAAGAAAGACAGCUCGAUGCCCAAUUAUGUGUUGGUGACCUCAUUCGAGUGUGCUUGCAUUAGCUGUUUCCCCCUGUCAAAUUGAAUUAUACAGGAACUUGGAAAUUGAGAUCUGUUGUGCGAACUCUGUUCGGCCUAUCCGAGAUUCCAACUUCUGACCGCUUACCACAAGUCAGGAAUUUUAAAUGAGACUCAACAACAAAUCAAGCGAAGUAACAAGAUUCAGCCAUGCAAUUUUGAUAUCAUGUGGAGGGUUGACUUGGGAGGAAAGUAUGGUUGCCAUAUAUUAACAAAACAUUCAUACAUAUCAUCUACCUGUAUUGGAAACAGAGUCGAAUCUGCUGCAAUUUAGUUGUAUUUUCUGCAAUGGAUCCACCUCCACCUCCACCAUCAAGCACACCACUACUUGCCCCAGCUCCACCUGCCAAUGAAUUCUUGGACUGCUGUUUAUGGUUUCUUUGUUGCUGUGGCUUAUUUAGAAGCUGCUUCCCUCCACUGUUUGAGCCUGGGCCUCCGCCUCCCUGAUAAAGAAUUACUUCUGUAUCUCACUUGUUAUGAGCUACUUGGGUAUGCAAAGGAAAUAGAAAACAAUGUAAGAGUUAGAUUUACACAUUUGGACGCAUUCUUGAUCAUCAUCUUCUUUUGUACUGAUUAAUAUAGCCUUGAAUUUUUGGGUGAAUGAUAUGCUUCGGUAUCUUUGUAUU